AUGCCGCCGCGGAAGCGGAAGGCCCCUGCCCCUCCGCGCCGCCCGCCGUCCCGCCUGGAGUACCAGGCGCGGCUAGACGGCGCGUGGUACAGCGUGCGCCUGGUGCUGCAGGGGGGCUCGCUGCGCGUCAUGUACGAGGAGUUCCCCGAGGAGACGGACGAGUGGCACGACCCAGGCAGCGCCGACCUCGCCUCCCCGCGCGGCGUGGCCGCGCUCCGCGCCAGGUUCCGUCCCGUGAGCCGGCCCCUCGACGACGCCGGCUGCGCCGACCUCCGCCCCGGCCAGCGGCUCUGCGUCUUCUGCGACAUCUCCGACCUCGAACGCAAGUACUACGACGCCGUCCUCGAUUCCGUAAAAAGGGCGCCUCACGACACGGUGGACGGCGAGGAGCGGUGCGCGUGCCGUUUCAAGGUGCGAUGGACGGAGGGGCCGCGCCGCGGUGGCUGGGCGGAGGUCGGCAUCGCGGAUGUCACCUGCGUGCAGGACUCCUCGCCGGUCCACGACCCGGUGCUGACCGAGUUCCUGGACUCUGUCACAAAGUCCUUCGGCAGCGGGGACGCGACGGCGGCGUCUCAGGGGACCGGGGUCACGUCGGCGCCGGGCGGCGGCGAGGGCAGACCUGCGCCGUUAUAG